AUGGCAGAGCAUGCAGAGUCGCACGACCUGCUGCUCACCACUGCAGGCGCUGAUGGCAUGGUGAAGAUCUUUUCAGUGGAGUCGCAGCAGCAGCUGAGGUCAGCGCGAGUUGGCAGCCUCCCAUUGGCCAGCAUGGCGCUGCUGCCGCCCCUUCCUUCCCACUGCUACCCAUCAGUGCUGUUGGGCUCAUCGGACGACCACGUGUGGCUCUACUCACCUGACUUCGGCCGAUGCCUCUCCAAGGUAUGCCAUGCCCCUGUGUGCCAUGCCCUUGUGUGCCAUGCCCCUGUGUGCCAUGCCCUUGUGUGCCAUGCCCUUGUGUGCCAUGCCCCUGUGUGA